AUGCUAUGGUGAUCAGCCCUCUGCCUCAUUGCUUUUGCUCCGGCUUUGAGAGACUUUCCACACGGCCCAGGGACAAAGGAUAGCCUCCCAGGACGUGGAGGAGGAGGAGUAGGGUGAGGAACGGGCAGCUCCAGGGCUCAGGCCUCUGGGUGCUUCCUGAGCGGUUUUCUGUGUUUGUUUGAGUGUUUGUUUGUACCCAAACGCAGCCAUGGUGAAGCUAGCUAAUCCGCUGUACACCAGCUGGAUUCUGGAGGCCAUCAGGAAGGUCAAGAAGCAAAAGCAAAGGCCUUCAGAGGAGCGGAUCUGCAAUGCCGUGUCUAUGUCGCACGGCCUGGACCGCAAAACGGUCUUGGAACACCUUGAGCUCAGCGUCAAAGAUGGAUCCAUCCUUAAGGUGUCCAACAAGGGCCUCAAUUCCUACAAGGAUCCGGACAAUCCGGGCCGUCUGGCUCUUCCCAAGCCGCGAGGCGGUGCUGGUGCUGGUGCUGGAGGUGGAGGUGGGGGUGGAGGUGGAGGUGGCGGUGGGGGUGGCGCCGGCGGUGGUGGUGGAGGUGGAGGUGGAGGAAGCAGCAGCACCUCUAGUUCUUCCAAAAAACCAGGCCUGGACUGGAACAAGCUGAUCAAACGCGCCCUGGAGGGGCUCCAUGAGGCUGGAGGCUCGUCCCUGAAGAGCAUCGAGCGCUUCCUAAAGUGCCAGGCCGAUGUGGCCGGCUACCUCUCGGGCAGUGGUUCCAUGGGGCCCGGCCUGUUCCACCAGCAGCUCAGGCUGGCGCUGAAGCGGGCCGUAGCCCACGGGCGAGUGGUCAAGCAGGGGCCGCUCUUCAGGCAGGUCAGCCGCAGCUCCCAGAACGACGGCACCGGCUGCGUCUCGCUGGACUCGCUGCCCCCUGUCCGCCUGCUGCCGCACGAGAAGGAUCGGCCCGUGGCCGAGCCCAUCCCCAUCUGUAGUUUCUGUCUGGGGACCAAGGAGCAGAACCGGGACAAAAAGCCCGAGGAGCUCAUCUCCUGCGCUGACUGUGGCAACAGCGGCCACCCGUCCUGUCUGAAGUUUUCCCCGGAGCUGACGGCGCGGGUCAAGGCUCUGUGGUGGCAGUGCAUCGAAUGCAAAACCUGCAGCAGCUGCCAGGACCAGGGCAAAAAUGCGGAAAACAUGUUGUUCUGUGACUCCUGUGAUCGAGGUUUUCACAUGGAGUGCUGUGACCCACCACUGACGCGAAUGCCAAAAGGUAUGUGGAUCUGUCAGAUCUGCAGACCAAGGAAAAAGGGAAGAAAGCUCUUGCAUGAAAAAGCAGCACAAAUCAAAAGGCGGUACAAUGCGCCACUGGGACGACCGAAGGGCAGACCGGGUCGCCCUUUUAAGAAGCUACGCGGAGGUGGACGUGGCCGGCGGAGGAGAGGUGCUGGGGACCAUCGUUCCCAAGGCUCGUCUUCCCCGCACUCUUCCUCCAGUUCAUCGUGUGAGGGUUACCCCGGCGACGACCGCCUGCUUUUCUCGCACCAAGACGACGACUCCGCGCAGGGCAGCCUGCGCUUCAACAAGAAAACGAAGGGUUUGAUCGACGCCCUCACCAAAUUCUUCACGCCCUCGCCGGACGGCCGAAAAGCCCGUGCCGAAGUGGUCGACUACUCGCAGCAAUACCGCAUCCGCAAGAAGAAGAGAGAUGCGGACGGUAGGACAGGAGACAAUCAGGAUUGUGGCGAUGACUGGCGAGAGGACGAGGACAAGCUGCCGGGUCACGAGAACCUGACAGAAAAGGAUGUGGAGCUUUUCAGACACAUCCAGGAACUGGCACUGCAGAAAGUCGGCGUGACUGGGCCUCCGGACCCCCAGAUGCGAUGUCCCUCCGUCAUAGAGUUUGGAAAGUAUGAGAUUCAGACGUGGUAUUCAUCGCCGUACCCUCAGGAGUACAGCAGACUUCCUAAACUCUAUCUGUGCGAGUUUUGCCUGCGGUACAUGAAAAGCCGCAGUAUUCUGUACCAGCACAUGCGCAAGUGCACCUGGUUUCACCCGCCUGCCAACGAGAUCUACAGGAAGGACGACGUCUCUGUGUUUGAGGUGGACGGUAAUGUCAGCACAAUAUACUGUCAGAACCUCUGUCUGCUGGCCAAGCUGUUCCUGGACCAUAAGACGCUUUACUACGACGUGGAGCCCUUCCUGUUUUACGUGCUCACGCAGAACGACUCCAAGGGUUGUCACCUCGUUGGCUACUUCUCAAAGGAGAAGCAUUGCCAGCAGAAGUACAACGUGUCCUGCAUCAUGAUUCUUCCACAGUAUCAGCGCAAGGGCUACGGACGGUUCCUCAUCGACUUCAGUUACUUGUUGUCCAAGCGAGAGGGUCAGCCGGGUUCUCCAGAGAAGCCUCUGUCUGACCUCGGCCGGCUGUCCUACAUGGCUUACUGGCGCAGCGUGGUGCUGGAGUGUCUGCAUGAAGUGCGAGACAAGAAGCUCACCAUCCGCCGACUCAGCAAGAUCACUGGCAUUUGCCCUCAAGACAUCACAGCCACCCUGCAGAACCUCAACAUGUUGGAGUACAGAGGGGGCCGGCUCGUGCUGGUUCGCAGAGAGAAGCUGGUGGCGACUCACAUGGCGCGGCUCCAGGCGCGGCCGCGGCAGCUGGAGGUCGACCCGGACUGCUUGCGCUGGACGCCGGUCAUCGUCACCAACACGGUAGUGUCCGAGGGGGAAGGGGACGAAGACGACGAUGACGAGGAGGAAGAGGACAGAGAGCAGGAAAGCAGCAAAGAGGCAAAGUCCAGUCACAAAAGUCCUCCACUGUCCUGGAAUGUAAGAGCAGAAAGGGAGGAAGAUGAAGACAAAAAAUGCUUCCCGUCGUUCUCAAACAGCCAACGCUCUCCAGCCUCGUCCCCCUUACACAACAGCCUCCCGAGCCCUGAUCACUCACCUGUUCAGGCAAACGGUGAGCGCAGGGGGCGCGGCCGCCCUCCCAAAAACUGGCUGUGGGGAAAAGUCAAAGACCGGCCUCGGCAGGGUCCAGGGCGGCCCCGGAAAAUGAGGCCUGACGAAGACGAGGAUGAAGAAUACAGAUCUCCGGGGAACAAGGUGACGGCAUCCUCCAUCUCUCCACCCACCUUGUUCGCCUCAGACAACGAGCCGAACUCUGCGUCAGAACAGCCUACGGAAAUCCCCCGGCACCCUGCGAUUCCACCCCAGCGCAGCAGAGGGCGGCCCCCACGGAAAAAGCGAGGCCCCAAACGCAGGCUGAGUGAUGAGGGGGAGGAGGGUACGUUGCCAGCAACUGCAAGGCUGAGCGAGACUCUACCUACCCGAGAGUCUUGUUCUAGCGAGAGCAGUGAGGAGGAGGAGGAAGAGGAGGAAGAAGAGGAAGAGGAGGAUUUCGAUGAAGAAAUGGGCACUCGCUCCCCUCCUGUACUGACCAAGCCAACAUUAGGGCUCAAAUGCAAGAAGCAGGUGAGGAAGCGACGCAUACGGCAGCGCAAUCAUCCCCACAGCAGCGUCGUCACUGAAACGAUCUCGGAGACUACAGAGGUUCUGGACGAGUCCUUUGUGGACUCUGACAAUGAGAGGCCCAUGCCUCGGCUAGAGGAGGAGACUCCGUUUGGAAACGCCCUCCGCUGUUACCCACCUGCCCGCAAACACUUGGAUCCAGCCCCAAAAAGGGUCCGCCCAGCCAAUCUCUCAGAGUCUGAAGAAGAUGAUCCCACUCCUGUGCUGAAGCCAGUUGCUGGCCUGAGGAGGCCAGAGAAGACGGAGGAAGGAGAGGUAGUGGAAGCCCCUGUCAUCACACCAGAGGCCCCAGUGAAGAAGAAAAAAGGCUGGCCUAAGGGCAAGAGCCGCAAGCCCCCACACUGGACGAAGCGUCCUGGGAAAAAACCUGGUAGUGAGGGCGACCAGGUUGCUGACACCAGCCUGACAGCUCAGUCCUCUGAGGACCCGCCACCUCAAAAGAUCAAGGGGAAACCUGGCAGGAAGCCUCGGAGCUAUUACCUGCAGCGGGCCCAGGAGGAGGCUGCCAGGCAGGAGCUGGAGCGAAGCCGCCUGGCUCAGCUGCAGUUGGAAAAGCCUCCGCUGGAGGACCGGGCUUGCAAGAGGAGAUCCUCCGAUCUUGACAGCGAGAAGCGCAAAGACUCAGACGAGGAAGAUGAUUUCCUCCAAAAGACGACAGAACCGCCCAAACCGAGGAGGCGAGGAAGGCCACCAAAAAACUUGAACCUCCAGCCUCCGGCCCCCAAACCACCCCCGCCUUCAGAGCCGGAUGAAGAAGAUGAGGUGGAAGAUCAAGAUCAAGCAUGGACUGAGGAGAAGCCUAGCCGUCCACCUUCUCGCACCUUGUCUCAGUCUUCCAGCUCCAGAGUCCCUCAGAGCAGAGACGAGGACAUGGCUGACCCGGAGGAGGAUGAGGAGAGGGACGAUGAGGAUCACAGCGACCCAGGCAGCAGGAGAACGGCAGCAGCACCCGGCAGCCGGAGGAGUGACGAUCAUGAUGCAGAUGACGAAGGCGAUGGCCGGCUAGAGGAGAAAAGUGACUGCAGCAAGCGGAGGAAGAGCCAGGAGUCUGAGGAGGAGGAUGAAGAAUUGGAGGACGAGGAAGAGGAGGAACAGUCGUCCCCUGCUCGGUCACCGCCCGUGAAAGAAGAACCCCAGACCACGGGGGAAGGUUUUUUAGACAUGCAGACGAGCACGGCACAGGAGUACGUCAGUAAGCAGGAAGAAGAAGAGGAGGAGGAAGAGGAGGAAGAACCAGAUGAGGUGCAGGAGGUGAAAACCCGUUCAGACGACUCGCAAGAUGAACGGCGGCGUCGGGAACAGGAGGAAUCUGAUGCCGCUGCUGCUGCCGUGGAAACAGUAACAUCCAUCGCGGUCCCUUCUGAACCACCGGACCUUCAGGCACUAGAAGAUAAAUCCGUCCUGAUGAUGGAGACGGAACAUCAGCACGCCAGUACUGAGUUCAAGGAUGAGCUUAGUAGCCACCAUCAGCAUGACCACCACAGCAGUGAGCUGGACCUGGAGACCGUCCAGGCCGUCCAGUCGCUCACGCAAGGAGAAGCCCAGGAUGAAGAAGCGGAGCAGCACGGUGCGUACCAGGACUGUGAGGAGACUCUGGCUGCCUGCCGUACUUUGCAGAACUACAGCCACGGGGAGGGAGAAGAAGAAGCUCUUGCAAUGGUGGAGGACUGUAGUGCUUCUCAGCACAACAGCCCCAUGCCUAACCCACCCAUGCCCCCUUUAGCCAGUCAGUCUGUACGGUCAGUAAACAGCCCUGGGAUGACCCCUGGACCUAUGGAGACGGGCACAGGGGUGCCUGGACCUGCAGGGACGGGAGGGGGAACUGGAGGAGGAUACACCCAGAUAACUCCGGAGCACCCUAGUUCGCUUUCAGCGCCGUCUUUGCAGAACAUGGAGACUUCACCCAUGAUGGACGUCCCUUCUGUUUCGGAUCACUCACAGCAGGUGGUGGACAGCGGUUUCAGCGACUUGGGCAGUAUCGAGAGCACCACAGAGAACUAUGACAACCCCAGCAGCUACGACUCCACCAUGGGCAGUGGAGGUAGUGGAGGCAGUGGAGGUGGCAUGUCCGUGUCUGUAGCGGCUGCUUCCUCGUCUGCUUCCUCUUCAUCCUCCACCCCAUCCUCCUCCUCCUCGCAAGGCAACAGCUGUUCCUUCGUCUCCACCCCGGGACUGUCGUCUUCCAGUGCUGCCGUGAAUUCCCAGUUAGGUAUGGGCAGUUGCAGUUUGAUUCAGCAGGCUACUCCUGGCCCAAACAGUGGCAAUUCUGGCUCCAAUUCUGGUGCCGCUGUCCCACAGCCUCCGCCCCCACCUCCUCCACCCGCAGCAAACACCCCAAGCUGUGGCAUUAAGUCUCCACAGAGCUGCGUUAUCGAAAGGCCUCCGAGUGCCAGCCAGCAGCAACAGCAGCAGCAGCAGCAACAACAACAAAAGAAGGUUUCCCAGCAGCAGCAACAGCAGCAGCAACAGCCAAACCAACCUCAGACCCAAGCUCCACCUUCAGCACCCCCUCCCCCACCGCCCCAGCAGCAGCCUUUAUCCCAGUGCAGCAUGGGAAACGGCUUUGCCUCCACACCAAUGAUAAUGGAGAUCCCUGAAAGCGCAGGGAGCAGCGGAAGUGGACGAAGUCUCUACGACCGCAUGGGCCAGGACUUUGGUGCUGGAGGCUACGCCCAGCCAUCGGCCACCUUCAGCCUGGCCAAACUCCAGCAGCUCACCAACACAAUCAUGGACCCCCACGCCAUGCCUUAUUCUCAUUCAGCUGCCGUCACGUCUUACGCCACCAGCGUCUCUCUGUCCAGCCCGGGUUUGGCUCAGCUUGCUUCUUCUCCUCACCCUCCGCUUCCACAGGCCCAGGCUACCAUGACCCCGCCCCCCAACCUUAGCUCUGGCUCCAUGAACCUUGGCUCUCCUCUAAUUCAGUGCAACAUGCCGGGGGCAAAUAUUGGCCUUCCUCCGCCGCCCCACACCCAGCGUCUCCAGGGUCAAAUGGCCACAGUAAAAGGCCACAUCUCCAUCCGCUCCAAAGCCUCCCAAAUCCCUGCCGGGUCCCCACACCAGCAGCAGCUUUACGGCCGUAGCUCCGGCCCGGUGGCCAUGCAGGGCUCCCCUAGGACUCUAGCUGUCCAGCGUGGCAUGAUGACCAAUCUCAUGCCCACUCCAGCCGCCUACAACUCCAUGAACAUGAACCCCCUAAAUGCGGCCAUGUCGGCCGGCUACCGAAUGCCCCAGCCCAUGAUGAACAGCGGUUACCACGGCAACCCGCCUUACAUGAACCAACCGGCCCAGUACCCCAUGCAGAUGCAAAUGGGCAUGAUGGGAGGCCAGGCGUACCCCCAGCAGCCUAUGCAGCCCAAUCACCACGGCAACAUGAUGUACGCAGGGCCCUCGCACCACAGUUACGCCGGAGUCCCCAAACAGUCGCCUUACAUGAGCAGAUGAGCAAGUUAGCAUAGAACAUGUGCAGAGAAAGAGAGGAGAGUGUUGUGAAAAAGAAAAGACAUUAAUCCCCCCUGCAGAAUUGGACUCGCAUACUCUCUGUAUUGUUUUCAGAGCGCACCCGUCUUCCCAGGCCCUUGGCAAUGGUGGCUGGCUCGAAGCGGGUUUGACGUGUGGGCGUGGCGGGACAGGAAGGUGCAGCAGCUGCGGAGGUUUCAAUGUUUUAACUUCUCUUGUAUGUUGUGGUCAUUAAAUUCUGUCCCGGGGGUUUGGCUCCCUCAGAGCCUCGCCCAGCAGCUGUGGCUGAGCUGACCCAAGGCGGGGAAACGGUGUGAACGGACAAGUAUCGCGACGUACCAACGGGGCGGCACACUCUCCCCUCCGAACAGCAUCCACUUGCGGAGCGGAGGAAGCAACCAAGCAGCUGCAAGGAGGAAGAGGACCUUAAUUUUUCCGAACGGGGAAACUUACAUUUGACGUUGUUGGCGAACAUGCACCGAACCAUGCACACGGUCUUUGGAAUUGAUAUAGGAAGCCUUACCUGAAAAAAAUUGACAAAACAGUUGUAGAUGGACUUUGCUCUUUUAUUAUUAUUAUUAUUAUUAUUGUUAUAAUUAUUAUUAUUAUUAUUACCACCUUUUGUUUAUUUUUUAAAUACGUUCUCGUUUUUCGGAUGACAGUUGAACUGCUUUGUGUUUCAGUCUAGCCUCAUGCUUAGUUUAAAUAUAUAUAAAUAUAUAUGUGUGGCUAUACUUUGAGGGGGGGAUCCACACAUUUUUUGCUCUUAUAAACAUUCUCAACCAUAGAACACACACACACACACACACACACACACACACACACACACACACACAUUUCUAAAGCCACUUCAGAGUCAAGGUGGAGGCACUUCUGUAUGUGUGUGAUGUAGAGCCGUCACGGAGACACCAUGAAAAGUAUCCAGUAAUCCGUGUCUUCCCAGUUUGCAGUAUAGGACCGCAUGUAUUCUGAUUCGGUAAAGGCCGGCAGAGGAAAACGGAGGCUCCGUAUAGAGUUGUAUGUCCAUAAGUAGCGAGAGAAAGUACCGAACUAGGACGGGCGGACUGGGCCGAACAAGUGCGCCUGUGAAACUCUUAGAUGUAAAUAUUCUGGUACUUCCUGAUUCACAGCACAGACUCCCGAAAUGUAACGUGAGCACCCUUCGUCAUAGACACUCCACUAGAGGGCAGUCGAAUCAAGGGAGAAUUUACACGGUGGAAAUUUCGUUUUUUGCCUUUUUUUUUUCCUUUUUUUUAAUUUUAUUUAAACGACCAUGCAAGAGUGACCGCUACGUCUGCGUCCCGUACGCGCCGGUAUCGCUGUACGUUUAACCCACUGCAGUAAACGAUGGCUUAUACUGUCACAACAGAUCACGGACUGCUUCGUUAGCGCUUCGUACCGCAGGAGACGUGGAUAGUCCGCGGCGGCGCGCACCGAGACUCGCGCCGGCAUCUCCGUUAAUGUGCAUGUCGUACAGGGACGGUUACCAGUAUAGGACAAGGGGCAGAGAAUCUCCUGCGUAUUCAAUGUCCAGUAUUCUGUCGAUAUGAGGAUUCUUUCUUAAGACCUGAUGUUUUCAUAUUUGUUAUUUGUGUGGUUGUUUUUUUUUUUUUGGGUUUUUUUUUUUGUUUCGUUUUUUGUUUUUUCUGUUUUGUUUCUUUUAAUUUUCUGAAUUUUAUCAGACUGGGCAGCUUUCUUUUAUGACACAAGCUGACUCUUUUUGACUUUAGCAAACUUAUUGUAGAGAAAAUGUUUUUUCUAUAAUAUAAAACAAAAAAUUCUGACAUGGAUAUUGGUACUGUCAUUUUUUUCACUUCUGUUUCAGGAAAAAAAAAAAAAACUACAUAUUUUUUAGCUCAACUCUUGGGGUAAUAUUAAGAAAUUCAAAACUAAAAAAAUAACAGCUCACUUCUAGUGAAUAAGAUGCCUUUAACCUUUCCAUUCCAUCUCAUCUCUAGAGUUUUCUAUCUUUGUGUAGUAUAUUAAUGCUAUUUUAAAACAAAAAUGAAACGACAAAUAUCUAAAGGUCAUUUCGCCUUUUUUUUUUUUUUUUUUUUUUUUUUUUUGGUUUCCCCCUUAAAUUUUUAUUUUUUUUUGGUUUAUUUUUUUUUCUCGUGUGUGUGUAUAGGACGACUUCCGUACAUCUAAGAGGCAUGUAAAAAUGAGCUCAGUAUGUUUCUGUCUGUUUAUAUUGCUUCCCUUUUUGUAUCCUUUGUAAUUGUACAUGGUGAGUUGUAAGCUAAGAGAGAGUGCGGUAGAUGGAGAGAAAGCGGAGCAGUGGCAGGACGCUCCUUAAUGGUCAGUAGCACCUGCCUUCCUCUCUCUCCUCUCUAUUUCGUCCCUGUAUGUAUUUCCAUUUAUUUGUUCCUUUUCUUUAUUUCUUAGCAAGUACUUUCAAAGAACUCUGUACAUUUUAACAUGAAACAAAAAUAAAUUAUGUUGAGCCAUU